AUGGAGCCUGAUUUUGAACGUCGUUUAAUUCGAUCAAUCUCAGGUUGCUCAUCAGUUUCUUCGUCACCAUUUUCAUCUCCAUUAUCAUCUCCAUCACCGAUCAAACACAGUGAUCGUUUCAUUCCACUUCGAAGUUUAUCUCAACCAUCUGCAUUUUAUAUUGAUCAAGAACAAAUUCAUAAAGGACCAAUGUCAGAUAAAAAAUUAUCUCGUGAUACAUCAUCAACUACAAAUACUACAACAAAUUCUUCUUCAACAAAUGGAACAACAAUCGCUGCUGAUCGAACUAAAGAUAUAUUAACAUAUCAAGCUUUAUUACAAAAUGAAAUGUUUGGUACACAUAUAGAUUGUCUGUAUGAUGAACAAUAUAUGAGCAAUGCCUAUUCUAAUGGAAACAGUAAUAAUCAUCUUUCAACAGGUACUACAAAUCAAACUGGCAG